GGAUGAGAGUCACAUGGCAAGGUCAAAAUACACUUGAGUAAAAAAUAAACUUCCAUAAAGCUGACAGCUUCUACGCUAAUGAGGUGAGACCGUUCUUUACUUGUUUUAUUUAGCUUUAACGCAAGGAGAUAUCUGAGCUAAUAAAUGCUGUUUUCCUUCUCUGCCCUAUGUACUAGGUUUCUCAUUUAUUUUUAGGUGUAUUUUUGCAGCUGAGGCCUAGAUUAAGAGUAAAUAACCAUGAAAGUCUUCACCCCUGUGCUAGUUUUUCAAAAAAUGCCCACUGGGAAAGGCAGAGACAAAUUCAGCAUUCAGUGUUUGGAGUGUUUUGGUAAAAACCUCUAUAUAGGGACCAAAGAGGGAGUCGUUGAGUACCUCACUGUAAAUAACACAAGCGCUGAAGAAAGCCUUUCAGUGCGGGAGGUGGGGAAGAGACAGAUGGGCCGAAGCGGAGCAGUCAGCCAGCUGACGGCGGUCCCUGUUCUGAAUCAUCUCUUAGUUCUCUGGGACGGUUCGGUCACGGUGCUUAACAUGUUCUCCCUGGAACUCCUUCCUGCCCUGAAGAAAAUACAGAACGUGUCACUCUUCUGUAUCAGUGAGUCAGCAGUUCAGACUGAUUCCAUUGAGCUCAUUGCAGCUUCGACCAAGAGGAAAACAGUGAGCGUUUAUAAGGUGUGUGUGGACAGAUGGGAGUGUGUGAGACAGGUGGCUCUGCCGCAGGAACCUGUGGUUCUGGCUGCGCAUGGGACGUGUCUGUGUGUGGCCACUUGUGACAGAUAUUUUCUCCAUGAUUAUCAGAGCCAAACCACCCUCGAUCUCUUCCCACAUAACCUGGGAAAGCAAAAUAUCAUUGCCAACAAAUGUGGAAAAGGAGAAUUCAUUUUGAAUGGGCCUGGAUGUUUGGGCAUGUUUGUGAUGAAGAAUGGCACUUCCCAGCAUCCUCCAGUACAGUGGCCUGAUGGAGUGGUGGAUGCUGCAGUUCAUUUCCCAUAUGUGCUAGCGCUACAGAAUCAGACUAUUCAUAUCUACAGCAUUCUGGACCAGCAGCUGAAGCAAACUGUCCCUUUACAAAGUGCCAAAUCUCUCGUCUCAACAGAAGAAAGUGUUUUUGUUGUUGCUGACAAAGAGAUUCAUCGGCUGUCACCAGUUCCUUUGCAGGAUCAGAUUGAAGACCUUGUUAAGAAUCAGAGAGUUGAUGAAGCUCUGAUGCUGCUGGACAGACUUCAAGAUCUCCUGCCAAAAGAUUCAUACAAGGAUCUGCAUAAAAAUGUCAUCUGUACAUCUGGAAUGAUAAAGUUCUAUAGAGAGGCUUUUGUGGAAGCAAAAGAUCUUUUUAUUAAAGGUGAACUAGACCCACGGGAAAUCAUUAGCCUUUAUCCAGCUAUGCCUGUUAUGAGUGAAGACUUUACACCUCAGACAACAGCAGUGAGCAAUGCCAAGGACCUGUGGAUGUUAAGUCGGGACGAUUGGCCGACAUUUCAGCAGUACCUAAUCUUCUUGGAUGACUUCUUGAGAGAAGUCAGACCAACAGGACAGGGCCAAAUGUGUCCUCAGGACAUCGACUCAGCACUUUUUAAGCUGUAUUUGGAACAAGGUGAAUACGGCAAACUGGACCAGCUCGUGUCGUCGCAGAAUAACUGUAACCUCCAAAUGUGUGUGCCUGACUUGGAACAGCACAGAAGGUUUUUUACACUUGGAUUGCUCUAUCAAAGUCAAGGCCAGCAUUUCAAUGCAAUUCAGACCUGGGUUAAAAUUGUGGAAGAGCAGAGCGAGGACCCCUCACACAUCAGCGUGUUCCAGCAUAUAGUUAAUACACUCUCAAAUCUGGAACAUAAACCCAUCAUCUGGAAAUUUGUAGACUGGGUUCUUCAGAGAGACCAAGAGGCUGGGAUACUGAUCUUUACAAAGAAGCAUACAAGCAGCCAUGUUACGUUUGCGCCAGAAGAAGUCCUUACCAUUCUCUCCAGCUACCCACUUGCUCUGACUCUCUACUUGGAAUAUUUAGUCAGUGAAUUACACAGCAAGGAAGAAAAGCAUCAUACCAUGCUCGUCACAUCAUAUGUCAAAUGGAUACUGCAGUCAAUUGAGGAUGAAUACAACAAUAAAACAAGCAAGGAAGAGAUGAGACAUAAACUACAGCAAAUACUUUGGCAAUCUCCUUUCUAUAACGUGGACGCCAUAUAUAACCAAAUAACACCCUCGUUUCUUCAUGUGGAGAGAGCUAUUUUACUUGGGAAGUCUGGCAAACACAAAAAGGCCCUGCAGGUUUUGGUCCACGAAGAAAAAGACCAGCAGGCUGCUGAAAGCUACUGUCGGAGGACCUCUGCAGGACGAGACAGGAAGUUCACACAGGGAGUGUUUCUCUCCCUGCUUCAAAUCUACCUCGAGUCCUGUCAACAUGUUAUCACGGCAGUGGAUCUGCUGAACAAAAAUGCAGCGUCUUUCGAUUUAGUCAGCGUGUUGAGGGUGCUGCCGGACUCCUGGUCUCUUAAACUGGUUCUGCGGUUCCUCAGUGAAUCACUGAGAGGAACGGUGCAUGACAAAAGAAUGAGAGGGCUGGAGAUGAGCCUAGCCAAGGUGGAAACCCUAAGACACAAGCAUGUCUGGAUGGAAGCAACGCAUGAAAAAAUCAGAGUUGACGGAGAAUGUGUUUGCCAAUCAUGCCAGAAACGUCUUUCAGGGCCCGAGUUCCUGCGCAGGCCGACAGGAGAGCUGACACACAUAUCCUGUCACAGUGGAGAAAGCGGACACUGAACAACAAAGACACUAUUGUUCACUCAUAUUCACAUUUUUACUUUACAGUUAUACUCUAAGCAGAUGCUGUUUUACUAGGCUGCCUACAAUAAAGACUGUAAUUACUUGGACAGUAGGCAAUUACUAGCACAAAUUGCUGAGAACAUGCGAAGACACCAACAAAGCAAGCCACAAUACGAGCAGGAAACCCACAACAACUGCACAUAUACUCCACCACAAUAUAUAGCUGGGAUGAGGUUGUACAGUUUAAUGCAUACGGACAAACGUGACCCUAGACAACAAAACUAGUCAUAUGGGUAAUUUUUUAUUUAUUUAUUGAGAUUUAUAAUACACAUCAUCUGAAAGCUGAAUAAAUAAA